GCUAGCUGGGGGCGCGCCGCGCAAGGCACAUGUUGUACUUUAACCUUUUGCAGUGAACCUUCAAAGCCACGUAAUACCAACAUGAGUCUGCUGCCUGUCUCCCACACCCAGUUCCAGCUGAAGAGCUACUGGGACCAGUUCUUCUCCAAAAGGAGCACACCGUUCGAGUGGUAUGGUCAAUACACUGACCUCUGUCACAUCCUCCACAAGUACGUGAAGAUCACCAGCAAGACCCUGGUCGUGGGGUGUGGCAACUCCAAACUCAGCGAGGACAUGUACGACGCCGGCAUCACCGACAUAACUAACAUCGACAUCUCCGAGGUCGUGGUCAAAAAGAUGGGGGCACGAAAUUUCGAAAAACGGGCAAAAAUGUCUUUCACUCAAAUGGAUAUGCUUACAAUGACCUUCGACGACUGCGUAUUUGAGUGUGUCCUAGACAAGGGGACACUCGAUGCUAUUUAUAGCAACACCGAUGAUGAAACCGUUGCUAAAGUUAGGUGCAUGUGGGAGGAGAUUCGACGAGUCUUGAAGACAGGCGGUCGCUACGUCUGCAUAACGCUGGCCCAGCAGCACAUCUUGAACUCUCUGCUGGAGACCUUUAGCUCUGGGUGGCUGGUUAGAACCCACAAGGUGACAUUGGACGAUGGCAAGAGAGACGAGAAGAGAGAGGUGGCGGGCACUCUACCUGUCAUCGUCUUCAUCCUCACCAAGAUGGCCAGUCUCCCUGCCAAACCUGCCAUGAAGGUGCUGGAGGUAGUGAGGGAGGAUGGGAGGUGUGAGAGGUGUGAGGAUACGGAGGGGGUGAGAAGGUUUGUCAAUGCAGCCCAGCAGCACUCCAUGCUCCUCCACCAUCUCAAGAGCGUACACCCGGAGGAGACAGGUAUUAGAGUCCAGUAUUGGUCUGAGAAGGUCCCCGAUGUCCCGCGCUACACCUUUAUCGUCGUCGAUGUCCCAAAGUCAAAGGCAAAGAACGGGCUGUUUGCCAUCUUUAUUGUGCCACAAGGAAGGGAAGGGGAAUGGAUUUUCAGCAGUGACUCUGGGCUAAAAGGCCUGGCUGAGCAGUCGUGCUAUCACCGACUGGUGGUAGUCACUAUGCACUUGGGCCACCAGUAUGGAGACCUGCACCAGGUCAAACACGAGGUGACUGGAAGUGCUCUAGCCAUGCUGCAGUCUGGGGUCCCCUCCAAUAUAAAGUUGCCAAUUCUGUCUACUGGGGAGGGUGUUGGAGAAGGGUGUGUCUGUGUGAGGGUGUGUCCUCAGUGAGUGGUCAGUGGAGGGUGGAAGAGUGUGGAGGGGGAGGAGGGGUGGAGGGGGAAGAGGAGGAGGAGGAGGGGAAGAGGGUAAGACGACUCGUCUUUGUCAAGACCUCACAUCUGGUCCAGACUGAAAUGAGACUCAGGCCUGGUACACUUAAUACACACUAAAUCCUUCCAGAAGAAGCGGAAAAAGAAGUCGAAAAAGGCCUCCUCUGUUCCUCCCCCACUUUCCCCUGAUCCGUCUCACCUCUGUUUCACCCACCACCGGGCCAUGCUUGGUUCUCUCUGUCUCACUCCGGCCAUAGUCUGCUCCAGAGGUAGUGAUAGAGGAGGAGGAGGGGUGAGAGGAGGAGGGAGAGGGGUGAGGGGGAGGGUGCUCAUCAUUGGUUUAGGUGGAGGUGCACUGCCAACUUUCAUUCAGCGAUACUUACCACAAGUGAGUCUGGAUGUGUGUGAGCUGGAUCCAGAGCUGGUUGACGUGGCCGAGAAAUGGUUCAGAUUUGAGAGAGGCAGCACCGGUGGAGGAGGAGGAGGAGUCAAUCUCCACGUAGAGGACGGCGUGUCGUUUGUGAAAAAUAUUGCCGCCAGCCUCAACGAAAAGAAAAAGAAACGGCGAUACUCGGCUAUAAUUCUUGACGUAGACUCCAAGGACGUGAGUGUAGGCAUGAGCAGUCCACCACUGGCUUUUGUGGAGGCGUCCUUCCUGACUGCAGCAAAGAGUCUGCUCGCGGACGGAGGUGUUCUUGUGACAAACGUGGCAGCUAGAAACGAGGAUAUGAAGCUGGAGACUCUUCAAGCCCUUCAGAGGGUCUUCUGCGACCUGGUGUGCAUACCGUUGCAGGAAGACAUCAAUGAUAUUGUGGUGGGAACGACGGGAUGCCCAAGAAGUGGGGUAGACUGUAGGAAUCUCUUCUGUAGUAGUAAUUCCAACGGAAGUCAUACUUUGUUGGUCGGUGAAGACGGUGCUUCACCCGAUAGAAUGUUAACUGGACAGAGUGCACCCGAGAAAGUCAGCACAGUUGAAGAGGGAGUUAGGACUAUGGCAGUCGGUUCUCCUGAAGGGAAACAGAUGGAGUCAGACUCUCUAGGUCCCUCGAUGUGGAGGUCGUCCAGGGUCGGUGAUGUGAGUGGUGUUAGGGAGCGCCUGCGUGACUUGGUCAGUAUCGUACAGGAGAAUGGGGGAGAUGUGGAGGGACUCGAGGCUCAACUGACUGGCCUUAUCAUGUACAGAACACUGUGAUAUUUGGUCUGUAUCUGUAUCUGUUCAAUGCACUUCAUGCGUACUCUAAUGUCUUAUGAAUUAAACAGUGUGCUUCAUUCUCUCACUCAAUCUUUGGUCA